ACCCAACUCCCAGCCAAACUGGAGACAACGUCUCUGUUCCAAUCCAGCUGUAUUAAACCAUCUUCACAGGAUCAAAACAGAGACACGAAGACUGAAGCUGCCUGGGACCCUGUUGGGAAGGGCUGGCUCUGGAGGCCUUUCCUCCUUCUAGCUGCAGCAUAUCUUGGGAACAAAACUUCAGGGGCCACCUCCUGGCAUCCACCUCCCACUGAAGCUGUUUUGGUCAGAGCCCUUCUCCUUCCUCACCUGGUUGUGGCAGGAAAGUUCAAGGUGUCCUGGCAGCAGGAAGCUCCCUUGCUCCACCCUCUGCCCAGCACAGCUCCCUGAGCUCACUGAGGAUUUGCUGCACCAGAUCAGCCAGCAACAGCGACCUGCUCUGUGUGGACACUGGAGUGGGAUCGGGAUCCUGGCCAUGAAGAGCUUCUGUGAGCCCUGGGCAGCCCUCGCUGUGCUCCUCCUCACCGCUGCCCUCUGGGAUUCCUGCUCAGCAGCAGCUGAAGACAUCUCCAAUGUUUCAACAACUGAAUAUGAACCACCAUGUCUUAGUGUGAACUACUGCCGGCAGGCAGCCACGUGCUGCCCCUCGGGCAUGGAUGACUACGGCUGGAUCGCAGCGGCCGUCGGCUGGAGCCUCUGGUUCCUGACCCUCAUCCUGCUCUGCAUGGACAAGAUCAUGAAACUCCGCCCUGAUGAACCCAAAUACUUGGUGGCCUGAAGCAGAGCAAGCUGGCAAGCGGCAGCACUGGGGAGCAGCGAGGUGCAGGCAGACUGACAAAGCAUUUCAAACACUUGCUAAGAGACAA